GAGAGAGAGAGAGAGAGAGAGACUCCUGGUCACGCCUGCCGCAUCCAGCGCAAAGGGGAAUAGCAUUUGUUCCCCGACAGGAACCAUCCACAAUGAACUGAUUUUGCUUAUUUUUUUAUCAAAACGCCGAGGGCCAUGUUUUUCGUUCUCGACGUAUAGUGUCGUCGCCGUGUGUCUUUGCUGUAUGCAGCGGCGGAAUCCACGACAGCCGCAUCUUCCAUUGAUCUGUUGAUAUCUGCUGGGAUCUUCUGCAUCUGGAAAAGCCUUCCUAAACGCGCUCCUUUAUUGCCACCAUAACAUCUGGCCGCGAUCACGAGCUCUUCUCAGCUGAGCUCCAUCGAUUGUGUUAUUAUAAAAACAAAGAAUUCGUCGCCCUGUAACCUGGUGACUGUGGAUGCUAAUGUAGCGUUAUUUCAUUUAUAUAUAAACGCCAAAAAGGUUUCUACUUAUCGCGUAAGUGUGCUAUUUAUUCAUCAGCCAUCGUUCUGCGCAGGCCGUGGAUUUCUUCACGGUUGUCCACGAGGGGUUUCUACGUUUAUUAUCGGGGAUGUUGUUGUUCAUUCGUUUUAUUUGUUACGGAUGAAAGCCGUUGUUGUCGCUGUUCGAUUCAUGUGGACGGGGAGAGGCGUCGAAUAGAUUUUCUGCGUCCGCAUCCAUUGACGCGCAUUAUUUUACCUCAGCUCAGUCUUCUAGUAAUUAUUAACACUUUUUUUAUUUUCCAUGAAAAUUACCAGUGCAUCAGAAAACAAUCAGCCCUGGAUGUGUUGCCGUGGACGGGGAGCGGCGCCAGGCAGGAAUUUAUGACGCAAAUAUUUUUACCUCAUCUCAUUUUUAUCUUCACGAUGUUGCACUUAUUAUUUUAGUUUUCAGUUUUCGAAAUCGACAUCCCCGUCCAUCAGAAGAAGAUCAUUCUCAGCUCAUCGUCUUUUUGCAAUACCCUUGACGAUCAACAGUUCAUCUCUUGAAGGCGACAUGCCUCUAAAUCAGCACCAUUGAUCCGGAGCGGUUCGGCAUAAUCGAACCGAAUUAUUUCUCUUCCGCUCAUGAUGACUAAUAAACCGAAUCAUUUCUUAUCUACAGUGAUGGAUGCUUAAUUGUAAUUUUGUCUUAUUGACAAGAUCAGGAGACUGUGUUCAUAUUGGAUAAUUCCAUUUUCCGAUUUUUAUCUAUUCCUACUCCUACUGUACGCGUUACACUCAAGCGACAAUCUUUAGGUGGAGUUUUUUUAUCGUAAUAUCAUGUUAGGCCCUUUAUUCGUCUGGAAGAUGGCAGCUGAUUAAAUUUUAAUCUUGAUGCAUUCUGGCGACACGGGAGGAAAAGAGGAGAUCAGAUUGAAUCGGGGAGGAGUGGAGAGAGAAGAGGAGAGAAUGUAGGUUGGAUACGGCAAAAGCAUAAGGUAAAUCUGACUUUAGAGGGAGAUUGUUCUGCCCUUUCCACCUUGUCCGUUCCUCUGUCGUUACCAUGGCGCUGUCACCUUGGUUACUGUGGAUGUGUCCUGUGUUGCUUAGCAACAUUGCUCCUUCGGAACAAGGUUUGAGCAGGGCAGCAAUGCCCUUCGGCCUCAUGAGGAGAGAGCUGGCGUGUGAGGGUUAUCCCAUUGAGCUGCGCUGUCCGGGAAGCGAUGUCAUCAUGAUUGAAACAGCCAACUACGGACGCACGGACGACAAGAUCUGUGAUGCCGACCCCUUUCAGAUGGAGAAUGUGCAGUGUUAUCAGCCAGACGCGUUUAAGAUCAUGUCACACAGGUGUAAUAACAGGACUCAGUGUGUGGUGGUCGCUGGUGCAGAUGUGUUUCCUGACCCGUGUCCAGGCACAUACAAAUAUCUGGAGAUCCAGUAUGAAUGUGUUCCUUACAAAGUGGACCAAAAAGUUUUUGUUUGUCCCGGGACAUUAAUGCGAGUGUUGGAGCCCAGUUCAGUUCGGGAGGCGGAGCAUCAGUCAGGGGCGUGGUGUAAGGACCCUCUGCAGGCUGGCGAUAGGCUGUACGUUAUGCCCUGGACACCGUAUCGAACAGACAUGCUAUAUGAAUAUGCUUCCUGGGAUGAUUACAUCCAAAACAGGGUCACGACUACUUAUAAGUUGCCCAGUCGAGUGGACGGCACAGGUUUCGUCGUGUACGAUGGGGCCGUGUUCUACAAUAAAGAACGCACACGUAACAUCGUGAAAUAUGAUCUGCGGACGCGUAUCAAGAGCGGUGAGGCCAUUAUUGGGACUGCAAACUACCACGACACAUCCCCGUACCGCUGGGGCGGAAAGUCAGACAUCGAUCUGGCAGUGGAUGAACACGGCCUUUGGGUUAUAUACGCUACUGAAGCCAAUAACGGGCGUCUGGUUGUUAGCCAGGUGAACCCAUACACACUGCGCUUUGAGGGGACUUGGCAGACGAAUUUUGAGAAACGCAUGGCAUCAGAUGCGUUCAUGGCGUGUGGCGUGUUGUACGCCGUGCGUUCGGUGUACCAGGAUGACGACAGUGAGGCAGGUGGAGAUCUGAUCCUGUACGCUUACGACACACGCCAUAACCGAGAAGAAUCGGUCAGGAUCGCGUUCCCAAACCCAUACCAGCACAUCUCCUCCAUCAGCUACAACCCCAGAGAUAACCAGCUGUACGUCUGGAACAACUACAUCGUCCUGCGCUAUCCACUGGAGUUCAGCCCUCCCCAACCCACCACAGAUUCUCUCUCCACACCUCUCCUCUCCACCACUCCUCUGAACUCUCUCUCCUCCACGACGUCGAUGGCCUUCAGUCCCACGUCUGUGCCGUCUGUGACCUUUCACCCCGUUGGAGCAAUAAACAGGGCUCCAGCCGGACGACCAAUCACAGCCACUGUACCGGUGACCAUAAGGCCCCCGCGCCGGCCCCAGGGCCCGCGCACACCCAUGUGUGAGGGACGGGUGACCCGAGGGGUCCAGUGGCCCCCUACACAUCGAGGAGAAACAGUGGAGAGACCCUGUCCUAAAGGAUCACUCGGUAUUGCAUCAUAUCAAUGUAUGACUGAUGAGGUGGUGUGGAACCCCAGAGGUCCUGACCUCAGUAACUGCACCUCACCAUGGGUCAACCAGAUCGCUCAAAAGAUCAAGAGCGGGGAGAACGCUGCACAUAUUGCUGCUGUACUUGUCAAUUCUACAAGGGGGAGGGUCUAUGCUGGUGAUGUCACUUCCUCUGUGCGUCUGAUGGAGCAGUUGUUAGAUAUUCUGGACUCGCAGUUACAGGCUCUCCGACCCGGAAACAAAGAGUCAGCUACACGAAACUACAACAAGCUGCAGAAGAGAGAGAGGACGUGCAGAGCGUUUAUUCAGGCCGUGGUCCAGACAGUGGAUAAUCUGCUGCGUUUGGAGGCGCUGGAGUCAUGGCAGGACAUGAACACAACAGAACAAUCUCACGCUGCCACCAUGCUCCUGGAUGUCAUGGAGAAAGGAGCGUUCCUAUUGGCCAAUAAUCUAUACGGGGGUCACUUCAGUGAUCGUGCGCCCAAUGUUGAUCUGGAGGUGUAUGUGCUGAACACAGAGAUGGAGUUAAAGGAUCUGUCAUUCCCUAACACUUACGACAGUGACAGCACCAUCCAUGUGUCCUCAUCCACAAUCAAACAAUACAGCCGCAAUGGUCAGGUGAAGGUGGUUUUUACUCUCUAUAAGAAUCUGGGUUUGUUUCUGACCACUCAAAACGCCACAGUAAAGACAGAAGGGGAGAUGAAAGCUGGUGGACACAGUCUUGCCGUCAACUCGCACAUCAUCUCUGCGUCCAUGAACAAAGAGUCAAGUCGAGUAUUUCUGACAGAGCCUGUUGUAUUUACACUACGUCACCUGCAGCUGGAGAAUCACUUCAGCCCCAACUGUUCCUUCUGGAAUUACUCGGAGCGCACGAUGAAGGGCCAGUGGUCUUCUCAGGGCUGUAGACGUCUACACAGUAACAACACACACACCACCUGUGCCUGCUCACAUCUCACCAACUUCGCUGUGCUUAUGAACCACCAGCAGCCUGCUUAUCCGGGCGGCAUGCAGGGCUUGAUUCUGUUCGUCAUUACGUGGGUGGGGAUGGUGAUCUCUCUGGUGUGUUUGGCUCUGUGUAUCUCCACCUUUUGCUGCCUGCGUGGCCUCCAGAGCGACCGCACCACCAUCCACAAGAACCUGUGCCUCACCCUCUUCAUCUCACAGCUCCUCUUCCUCAUCGGCAUGGAUAAAACGCACUACACAGUUGUGUGUCCCGUGCUGGCUGGUCUUCUACAUUUCUUCCUGUUAUCUGUGUUCUGCUGGCUCUGUAUGGAGACGGUUCAGCUCUACGUUCUCAUGGUGGAGGUGUUCGAAAGCGAGACGUCUCGUCGUAAAUACUACUACCUCUCUGCAUACGGCUUCCCCACACUAGUGGUGGCCAUCUCCACUGCCAUCGACUACAGGAGCUACGGAGGAACUAAAGCUUGUUGGCUGAGGGUGGAUAACUACUUCAUCUGGACAUUCAUUGGCCCCGCCUCCCUUGUUAUCCUGCUGAACCUGGCAGUGCUGGUCAUCACUGUACACCGCAUGCUCAGACAUUCAACCGUACUGAAGCCAGACUCCAGCCGAUUCGACAACAUAAAAUGUUGGACGCUCAGCUCCGUCACCCUGCUCUUACUCGUCUCUCUCACGUGGAUUUUUGGCCUGUUGUUUAUAAAUGACAGCAGUGUGGUGAUGGCGUAUCUUUUUACCUCCUUCAAUGCAUUACAUGGCAUGUUCAUCUUCCUCCUCCAUUGCGCCCUGCAGAAGAAGGUGCAGAAAGAAUACAGCAAAUGUUUGCGACAGUCACCCUGCUGUGGCCACGCCUCCUCAACCAGUUCCCAUGGUUCCCUCAAGAGCUCCGCCCACAGAGGCAACAAUCGCUAUUAUGGCGGUAGCCAAUCACGACAUGCACCAGCGCAAAGACAGAGUCGUAUCAGGAGGAUGUGGAACGACACUGUUCGAAGGCAGACAGAGUCAUCAUUCAUGACAGCAGAGAUCAACAACACACACACACUCACCAGAGGAACUAUGAGUAAUCACCUCUUGGCCAAUCCGAUGCUGCAGAGCCGUUCUGGCUCCUCCCCUUACAACACUUUAUUGGCUGAAACGUUUAAUCCGCCAUCACCAGCAGUGUUUAAUGCUACAGGCACAUUCAGAAACUCAAAGGGCACUCUGUCACGCAGUCGUGAGUCUUGUGGAUUAGAGGGAGUUCGUCUGAACGGAAACUACAACAACAGCUACUCGCUGCAUGGAGGAAGCGCUGAUCUUCUAGGGGGCGUUCCUGUGGGAUCUGGGGGCGUGUCUGGAGAAGUUAGCCCUGGCCUUUUGACACCCAGAGGGGCGGAGCCUACUAGCGGUCUGCGGCGAAACCUUUCAGACGCAGCGGCGUUGGAGAAGAUGAUCAUAUCGGAGCUGGUGCAGAGCAACCUGCGUCCUUCCACCGAUCGCUACGGCAACGGAACCAAUUCGACGAUGCAUCGACAAGAUUACUCCACGUCGACGGGUCACAGAGAGCCUCCGCAGCGCCCGCUGCCCCGCCCUCCUCCCCCACCUCCGCAGGACGAGGAGGAGUUAUUAUACAAAGCUUUGGAAAAACCACGUCUACCGGACAAACCUCGGCUACCUGACAAACCCCGCCUGCCGGAUAAGCCUCGCCUUUUGGAGCACGCUCAGUCCGUGUUCUACCAGAGCGAGGAGGACUCGGAGAGCUUCUCAGCGGAAAUCGCAGACGGAGUAGGCGGGACCGGACCUGACUCCGCCUCCCUGUACGCACGAGACCGAGAUUCGUCCUAUCCCGAUAGCAGUCCCGAGGCGCUGGGGCCGGACCCGCACUCGACCCUCCCACCGGACGAGCUGUACUUCAGUGCAGGACGCCAGGCUCACGUCUCUGCUUUUUACCAGCCUCCACCACGCCGGACCGGUGAUGAGAGUCGAAUCGCGCUGCAACCGUCGCAAGGAGAAGGUGAUGGACAGAUGCAGCUGGUGACGAGUCUGUGACUAGGGCGCUGGUGACCAGGACACGCAGAUCUGGAGGAGGACAUUGAGGACAGACAUCUUCAUCAUCAUCAUCGUAAUUAAUAAAUAUUAUGGAAACGGUCAAGAACAUGUCCAGGUCAUAUUUCACCACAAAAUCAAAAGAAAGUCAUAUGAUUUUUAUAACUGUUUCGCUUCUUUUUUAAGCGUUUUCAGGCUUCUCGUACUCAACUGUAUUGAGAAAAAUCCCAUCGAAAAAUAUAUCACAUCUGGCGAAGCAUUUAUCCAAAACUAUUAACAAUUAAUUCAUGCUUUGUAUUAUGUAAGUUAUACAUUUUCCUUUGUGAAAAUCUGGACGCAACACCUGUUGCAUUACAGUAAUGAUAAUUUGGUGAAAAGUGAUGAUGUCAUAGUGAAUUAAUGUAAACCUUAGAGGUCCAUACACAAAACAACUUUGAUUUUGGGGUAAAAUAUGAGGUGUACGGUAUGCAUCUGUCGUAUUUUCAGAUGGCUAAUGCAUUGAUAAAUGAUUGUUUAUGGUGAGAUUUUACUGAUAAAGCACUACAGCCUUAAAUUAAAUCCAUGAUAUAUCUCAGAGAUGAUGAUGAUGAUGAUGUUGGCUUCCUCCUCCACGUCUCUGUUUCCUGGUCACCCACACACCCACCCUGAUCAUCUCACUGCCAUUCAGAUGCAUCACUGUUUCACCACAUCAACCUUUGCCAUCUCUCGUUUCUAACCAGACUGUCAAAGCAUUUAUCCAUUAUCUCUUCCAUCCCCUUCCAGCUGAAAGUAAAACAGCUGACACCCGUCUAAGGUGGUUAGCUGGUUUCACGGUCUGCUCAAGCUAGUUUGGCUGUUUAUUGAACGAUGAUGAUGCUGCGAGACCUGCUGGCCGAACACCUGCUGGCUGACACCAGCAAACCACUUCAGUCUGGUUAAGGCUGGGUAUUUCUGUACACGGGGAUUUCCUCUUGUUUUCAGGGUGGUGUGUUGAAUGUGUGUCUAACUUUACAGAAUGUGAUAAAACUGUACACCAGACACUGCAGCUCUUGAUACUGUACAUGCCAAAAAUUCACACAAACACUCGCUCACUCCUCGAGAGGGAUUACUGUUUGGAUCAGGCUCUCAUCAUAGAGGUUAAAGUCAUAAGACCACAGAGUAUGUUAUUUUAUCAGACUGUGGUAGUGUGGCAAAUAAAAAUGACAUAAAAAACUGCUAUGCCACCUGCCUAGACGCAGACCAAUCAUCUUCUGUGGUGAGGAAAAACCGACCAAUCAUCUCGUUGAGUUUUGAGGAAGUUGACUCAACGCCUCUCCCUCUUCCUGUGUUUAAUAUUGCUGAAGUUCAAAGCGUAUCGUUCAACAACAAAACGAACGUUGUGUCUUCUGGAACUUUUGUGUAAAUAAAACUGAGAGACGUUGCGUCUCUAGAUGAGCUUCUCUUCACUUCCUGAUUUAUGAUUGAAAAACAUCGUAAAGAAUCUGUAGAUGAACUGACGACACGUCUGCUUCCUCUUUCUCUGUCCAUUUCUGUCUGUCUGACUGUGUUUCAUGUAAAAAGAUAAGAAAUGUUUUUUAAUCAAAAUAAAACAAACUACAGCUAACUGAG